AUGUCGAAUGAUCACAAGAAGGGCCCCGGUGGUCAUUAUUCUGCCACAAAUCCUAUUCCAAACAUACAGAAAUUUGUUGAAAGCUUGGACAAAGACAAGAAGGGUCGAGAUGCAAAGCUUGACGAGCAGACGAGGUCCAACCCACCUAAUAGCAGCGAGGCAAGAGAUCACAAACAGGGCAAGCCAAAAGGUGAUGCCAGUUCAAGAAAAGUCGUCACUGACCCUACAACCGGGAAUGAGGUUGAGAUUGAAGACGUCAAUGCGGAAUUCAUGAAAGCUGCGGAUAAUCCACAACUCUCGGUACCUAACGCCAAUGUGAACAAAGACACCCCUGUCAAGACCGAAGCAACCCAGUCUGGUGGGGAAUACCGAAACAAGCAAGAUAUAACCGCUCCUCCAGACCCAGUAGAGCCUGGAAGUACCUCAGAUGUACCCAUCAAUGGCGAGAAGACUAAUAUUCUGUUCCACCCAACUCCUUCCGUUAGUUAUGAGCCGAUGUAUGUUGCAUUGGAGAAGAGAACGGCCAUACUUUGUGCUGGGAUCUUGAUUGCAAUUGUUGUGCUGGGAAAGAUGUUUGGCGGAGCUCUUUAUGGACUCAUCCCACUAGGCAUGUGCGUGUCUUCAGGAGUAUUCCUGUCGAUGAAGGAACUCGUACGACAUGGUCGAGAAACCGAGUGGGAGAGUGAAAAAGAGCGUGGCAAGAUGGCCACUGCAAACCUUAUUCCGGAGAGCGUAGAGUGGAUGAAUACCUUUUUGGGUGUAAUGUGGGGGCUUAUCGAUCCAGACAUGUUCGCAUCCGUCGCCGAUACCCUCGAAGAUGUCAUGCAGGCUUCACUUCCCAGUGUAAUUGAGAACGUUCGAGUUGCAGAAAUAAAUCAGGGAAAUAACCCUUUCCGAAUCCUCAGCUUGCGUGCUCUUCCAGAUGGGCACGUUAAAGAUCUGAAAGAUGAUAUUCACAAACAUAACGAGCAGGUUAAGGACCCGCAAGAAUUGGCAGCUGACGAGGAGGGGGGCGAUUACUACAAUCUCGAGUGCUCCUUUGCAUAUCACGCCACCAAAUCUGGAACCAGUACUUCUAACAGGGCCAAGAACAUGCAUAUGCAAUUAGUCUUCUAUCUUGGCAUUAAAGGUUUAUUUGGGGUACCAUUGCCUAUCUUUGUUGAGCUUCAAGGACUUGUUGGCACAGUUCGAUUGCGCCUUCAAAUGUCGCCUGAGCCCCCUUUCUUGAAAGCUUUGACUUUCACGCUCAUGGGAUUACCAAAAGUUCAAGCUGGGUGUGUGCCUAUGCUAGAGACGGGAAUUAAUAUUCUCAAUCUUCCUUUGAUCUCAAAUUUCGUCAAUUACGCCAUUGGAGCCGCGGCCAAUGAAUACGUUGCUCCCAAAUCAAUGACUCUUGACAUGGGAAAGCUGUUGCAAGGUGACGAUAUCCAAAAGGAUGUCGAGGCCCUCGGGGUCUUAUGGAUCAGAAUUCACAAGGCUACUGGUCUCAGCAAGCAAGAUCGUCGUGGUAGUGAAGGUGGUGGAAGCGAUCCUUACAUUACUGUGAGCUUCUCGAAAUAUGGGAAGCCCAUGUAUUGCACCCGUGUCAUACAGGAUGAUCUCAAUCCUAUAUGGGAGGAGACAUGCGCACUCCUAGUCACCCCUGAUCUAAUCAAAGCCGACGAACAACUCUCGAUGGAACUCUGGGACUCCGAUCGAUCGUCUGCCGACGACGUCGUUGGCAAAGUGGAGCUUUCGAUGCAAAAAAUGAUUCAACAUCCCGGAAAGAUGUACCCUCAGACAUCAAAACUCCGUGGCAUGCAUGCCGACGAUAGUAUGCCUGGUGAGCUUCACUGGGAGGUUGGUUACUUUGGAAAGCCACAAUUUCGGCCGGCCAUGCGGUCUCACGGAAAGGACGUGAAUCUUCCAGAUCAGCUCAUGGAUAAGAAGGAACUGCAAGACGACAAAGGCAGUCUCGACAAUGCAGAGGAGGAUGCAGUGGUACAUACGCCUCCAGACCCACUCUGGCCGAGCGGUAUUUGCAGCGUCGUAGUGCACCAAAUCGUCAACCUUGAGCUCCAGAACCUCAAUGGUAGUGACGGCAAACGUAAAGGUAGAGAGUUUGAGCCCGCUCAGGAAAGUGGCGAGAAUAAGGAGGAAGAGCACAACACACUUCCGAGCAGUUACUGUACAAUUCUAUACAACGAUGAAUUGGUAAAUUGUCACUCUAAUCUAAAAGCACAGAACGCAAUUGUAAUAAUCAGAUUACAGGUAUAUCGUACUCGUUCCAAGGUUGUUAGUAGCAAACCUAUUUUCAAUGCCGGUACCGAGCGAUUCAUUAGAGACUGGCGGUCGGCCAUCAUCACCGUAGCAGUCCGCGACCAGCGCAUGAGACAACACGACCCGAUACUCGGUGUCGUGCCCUUGAAACUCAGCGAUAUUCUCCAAACCUCCUCCCAAGUUACGAGAUGGUAUCCUCUCGAUGGCGGUAUCGGAUUCGGACGUAUCAGAAUCUCUCUCCUGUUCAGGAGCAUAGAAACUCGCCUGCCACCUCAACAAUUAGGCUGGGACGUAGGCACUUUCGAAUUUACAUCUAGCAAAAUCCUUGCUACGGGCUAUUCCGCAAACAGUAAACUCAAGAUGAGAACUGGUGGCAGCAGUAGCAAGAUCUCAAGAGUACAGUGCAAAAAAACCGAAGAGGGAGAUGGUGUAUUCUGGGAUAUUGCAAAGAACGACGGCAAGCACAGUGUUCGCCUUCCCGUAAGAUAUCGAUACAGAUCCCCCAUUAUUUUCGAAUUCCAUACAGCCAACAAACGCAAUGCAGAUGCAUAUGCAGUCAUCUGGCUCCACCAUUUUGUGGAUAAUGAGGAGCAGGAUGUCAGUAUCCCGAUUUGGAAGACGGAUAAAGGUAUGAGGUUGACGCAGAACUAUAUUACCGAAGAGAGCUUCAAAAGUAUCCCGGAUCUCAAGAUCGAAGAAAUAGGCCGUCUACAGUUCCGGGGCCGCUUCAAGGCUGGCACUGAUGAGGACCACAGCCGCUUUGUCACUGAUAAUGACUCACGUGAGACGCAAGAGACUUGGGAAGCUUGCCACUCCGAAGGCGUGCGUGACCGUUAUGUCACAAAAGAACUUCCACCGGCGGUACAGGAAUUACAUGAUCAGUCACUUACUCAAGGCCGUGACGUAUUGUCCCAAGCCGAUGAGUCCGAGAAGAAGAAGUGGCUGUCGAAAGAUGGCACUGACUGGAGUGGUGCCUUUGGGAAAGACCCCGCUCAGUACAUCGAUCGGCGUGGGGCAAGAAAACAGGAGAAAGUCGAAGUGAAUGAAGAAGUGACUGAUGAUGAGGAUGAUUCUUCGGGGUCAGAUUCUGAUGAGAGUGACUUGGGACUUAAUGAUGCUUCUCACAACAACGAGUUUGGAAAGGACGAACAGACUAAUGGUGAGAGCGAGGAUGCUGUGCGCAAGGCAGGCACACCGCAAGCGAAAAAUCCGAUAAAGCAAGUUAAGCAGUAUAAUGAGGAGAAAAAAGGUUUGCAUCGGAAACAGAGAGGUUUGAUGCAGUGGAAGCCGAUGAGGAAUUUGGCAUUUGCGAAGGAUGAGGCGAAGUUUGUUGUCAGCAGGACUCUGAAGAAGGGUAGUUUGCAGGGUAGGCAGCCGGACGUGGAGACGGAAAUCUGA